UACAUCACACACAAUUCUUUGUUACAUAUAUGUAAACAAGGCACAUGCCGUGAUAUUGUUUACAUAUAGGUGUUUUAUAGGAAAUAUAUAGUAACAUUCAUAUAGAUUGCUUUUAUGAUAAAUAUUUUUUUAACAUUUUAAUGAGAUGGGACAAGCAUGGGGACAUUAUGAACUGUUUAAUUGUGUUUAGAACUAUCUUGCUAACUGAAAUAUCUGCUUUCAACAAAACAAUUACUAGUAUAUUUAAUCUAUGUAAACAAAAACAUGACAUGAGCCUUGUUAGCAUAACAAAGAAUUGUGAGCUCUGUAUCUUUCUUGUAACUCUACAACUGACAUUCAAAAUUUUUCAUGUUCAUUAGAAAUACCUUUAUUAAACAUUAAAAAUGGAAAAAUAAAUUCCCCAGCUCAAAUCAUGUCCAUGCCCCUUUAAUUCAGGUUGAGAAAAAUACCACACACUAUGCUCAACUCGGUUUUUGUAGGUCACCUGAGUAAACUCAGAUGACCUGUAGCAAUUGGUCUGCAUCCGUUGUGUGUUAACAAUCAAACAGUUUUAACUUCUUGAUAUUUACUACCAUUCCAAUUCUAUCAAAUUUGGUAUGAAGCAUCUCUUGGACAAGGGGACAUAAAUUGUUAAUUUCAGGACUCCUGCACCCCUGGGGCCUUCGGGGCUAUGCAAACUGCUAAAAAGUAACAAAUUUCCAAAACAAAUAUUCUCUAGAACCGCCUAUGUGUAAGAAAAACUAAAUGCAUUGUGAUGUAGAGCAGGAAGGCCUCUACCAAAACUGUUACAUGCAAUUUUAUGAUAUUCUAGAUUUUGUAAUCCUUGGGACUAGUGAUACUUUUGACUAAUAUACUCAGGUGACUGAUAAGGCCUGUGGGGCUCUUGUUUAAUUAAGAAAUCUUAAAUACGCAUACAUGUACAUUUAAUCAUGUAAUCUAAAAUCUGUUUUAAGAAAAUAAAUAUAAUUAUAUGAAAUCUUAAAUGGUUUUUGUUUAACAGUCAAAUACUGUAAAAUAUAUACAUGUAUACCUAAUCAUAUAUGUGCGAUUUGUAAUAUGUAAAUAAACAUUUGCAGGUCAAGUUCUCGAUGGAUUCACCUUAUAUGGUCUUAUCAUCUCAAUGUGACUGUAAAGCUGGGAAUGGUCAUUGCAGCCAUUGUGUUGGACUGUUAUACCUGUUAUGUCAUUUCCAAAAGCUUGGUCUGAAAGCUGUUCCACCCAUUCAGAGCAAGACAUCCCUGCCUCAGCACUGGAACAUUCCACAGAGGACUGAAGGGUUAGCCCCAAAACAAGUUGACAACAUUGAAGUAUAUAAAGUGAAGCCGAAGACAAGUCAACCUAAGAGGAAAAGAAAAAUAACUGAAGGCAUUCUUCCCAAUGUGUAUUGCCCUGUAAAAAAGCCAAUCCCGAGCAAUGAAUUGAAAGACACUUUAAUCAAGCAACUUACAGCAAUCAGUAGUGAUGCCCAAAUUUUGAAAGUUUUUGGCACUGAUGAAGAAAAUUGUGAAACUGUUCCCUCUCAGUUUGGUCCAGUGCCUGUUGGAUCUCCCCUUUCCUACCAGCAGAAGAUUUCUAAGUCAGAUGGUGACCUUAUUAUCAACAACCCUGAUCAUAAGACUUUUCCUGAUUGUGAAUUACCCAACCUUAUUUCAGAAUAUAGUACUGUUCUGAACUAUGCAGAUUUUCAUGUAUCUAUGGGACUACAUAUUAAUCAUGAUUUUGCUAUAGAAUUAGAAAAGCAAACAAAUGAACAAAGUUAUAACAAGACAUGGCAUGAUGUCCGUAGAAAUCGAAUAACGUCUUCCAUAUUCAAAGAUAUUUGUAGUAGAAAAUCUGACUUUGAAAGCCUUGCUACAAGAAUACUACAGACCAAACACAUUCAAACUGCUGCCAUGAAAUAUGGACUUGAACAUGAACCUGAGGCUGCAAAGUUGUACUCUGAAAUCACAAUGAAUAAUGUGUACAAGUGCGGUUUUGUACUUAAUCCAAAUGCACCUCAUCUUGGGACGUCUCCUGACCGUAAAGUCUAUGACCCUACAAGCAUACCUCAGUUUGGCCUUCUUGAAAUUAAGUGUCCCGACAAGGAUUCAUUUGUAGAUUGUAAAUAUCUAGUGAAGAACAAAACUAAUGGAACAUACAAACUGAAAUCAAGUCACAGCUACUUUUACCAAGUAAUGGGUCAAAUGGCACUGACGGGCUUAACAUGGUGCGAUUUCUUUGUCAAUUGCCGUCAGGACUAUCACAAGGAGAGAAUUCAUUUUGACAGUGAUAAAUGGGCUGACAUGAAAAUUUCUCUUGAUAAAUUUUAUUUCGAAUUUCUACUACCAGCAAUUUGUAAAAAUUGUCAAAAUUAGAAUAACUUCAAAAUUGAAACUAUUGUCAUUUAAUUUUUCAUUCUACCAUAUUGAAGGUUUCAAAGAAAAAAUGCUCUCGGAGUUUUAGAACUUUUAUUACACAAUGCUGUUUUAGAUGUACAGUACUGUAUUAGUUGUACAUGAAUGUUACAUUAAUAGCUUAAAUGUAUGACACAUUUUAUUGGCAUAUGAUUGUCACAGGAAUACAUAUGUAGUAUAUUUCUCUACAACUCCCUUCUUGUGUCUAAAAAUGGAACAAGUAUUCCAAGAAUAACUGAUCUGUUUUAAUAGAAUGUAACUUUGCACAAUUUGAUACCAACAAAUUAAUACAAAAUAAUUCUGAAAGUAAAACAUGU